GCCCUGGCUCCUGGGUCCUGUGCGGGGAAGGGGCCGGGGGCGGGCGGGUCCCCACAGCCGCGGAGCCCCGAGCGGCGUGUGUUUCGCGGCGGCUUGUGCAGCCGCCGUGCGUGCUCCCGGGUAACCUGUACGCAACCCGGUGAGCAGCGCGACCUUCGUGCAGGUGAGCACCUGUGGCUCCGGGCUGCGUGAGCAGCGUCCGCUGCCCCGGAGCCCCGGAGAGAGGACAGCCCCGCUCGGUGCGCGUCCGCGCAGCCUUCGAGGGCGCCGGCCGCCCGGGGUAGCGUGGCUUUGCGCUCGCUGCACCUUCCGUCGUUUCUCCGCCUCCAACUUUCUCUCCGAAACGAGCUUCCCAGAGACCGGCCUUGAAUCCGCCCCAGAGACGAUUAUCCUCCAGCACAGCCCAGAAUGGCCGCAGCCCUGGAACCCGAGGGACAAAGAGGACUGGGGGUAGUGAAGGCGGAAGACCGUUACCGGGGACGGGACCCCGGCCCACAAAACUACAGCCCCCGCAAGAGGGAAGUGUUCCGGCAGCACUUCAGGAGGCUCUGCUAUCGGGAUGCACCCGGGCCCAGGGAGGCUCUCACCCGGCUGUGGGAGCUGUGCCGCCGGUGGCUGAGGCCGGAGUGCCACACCAAGGAGCAGAUUUUAGACCUGCUGGUGCUGGAGCAGUUCCUGAGCAUUCUUCCCAGGGACCUGCAGCAGUGGGUGCAGGCGCACCAUCCAAACACUGGGGAGGAGGCGGUGAGCGUGCUGGAGGACCUGGAGAGAGAGCUGGAUGAGCCUCAGAAGCAGGUCCCAGCCAAUUCAGAAAGACAGGACACGCUCUUGGACAAGUUGGCCCCCUUGGGAAGGCCCCAUGAGUCACUGACUGUCCGGCUCCAUCCCGAGAAGAACCACGAGGAGCAGGAAUCUGGGGAUCCCCAGAGGAAUGACUGUCAAGCAAGCUGUACGCAUGGUGAUCAAAUGAGCUUUGUGGACAUCUCCUCUCAGUGACCAGCAGGGCUGGGUGAAUCUCAAAUUGUAACUGAUAGGGAUUCUAGGUAUUACACAUGCCAAAAUAACAUUGGAAGGACAGCCCUGGCAGAAGAUGUCAGAACCCAGUAUUUUUCAUUUUGUCCGUUCUGAAAAAAGGUCUCUUGGAAUCCUAUUAGCCUGAGACUAGCACUUAGAAGAGAUACAUAAACAAGACCCUGAAUUCCAGCUGACCAAGAAGUAGACUGAGGUCCAUGAGAUGAAAAAGCUCACAUUUGACAAUGUCCAUACGAUAUUCUUUAUAUUGUUCAGUUGCAGAUCUAAGGGAGAGGAUUAUAAUUUCAGUUGCUGACCAAAAAAAGCUGACCUUGUAUUAAAAAAAAAAAAACAAAAAAAACCUUUUGAAGUCCUGAUGAGAUUUUUCUCUGGAUUUCUCCCAAAGCUGUGGGGGAGAGACUUAUCUUGAGGACUGGUAGAUUACACUGAAGAUGGUGAACUGACCAUUUAGGGCAAACUCUGUGUCUUUUGUUGUUGUUGUUAAUAUUCAUCAGUAAGCCCCAGGAAAGCCAGCCCCUGGUGACAGCUAUAUGUAAAGAAGCUGUUGAGGCUAAUGUUGAUAUUUCAGAACACUUCUUUUCAUGGUAGGAGGUGUCUCUGAUUUCCAUGAUUUGCUUGAUCACUCUUCCCCUGCUAACCUAGCAAUACUUCUGUCCCACAUUAUACUUUUACAAAUGCUUUAUCUUAUCUUCCCUCAUCUGAUCAAACAAUGGGUAAAGAAGGCACAGAGGUGAGAAGGAAACCAAAAUAGUUAUCACCUGCCAGAAUUUAAACAUUGAUCAGUUCCAGGACUGGAAUCUUGAUCUUCUGGUUCUAAUUUAGUCCUUGUAAUUUCUAGCCCAGGAUAACAUGGCAUUUACAUUCCAAAACAGUAUCAUCUUCGAGCAAAUAUCCAAACUUUGAGAAAGUCUACUGCCUGGUUUUAAAAACUGAUUUUUCAGGAGGAACAGAUCUGAGGACGAUUGGGAGCAAGGGGGACACGGUGAGGACAGUGAAGAGUGGGCUUCGUGGCUUGGCCUCAGUGAGCCACGUGAGCCAGAGUUUCCAGCCCAACCCAGGCACUGAGAUGCCCUGGGAGCUCUUGCUGCUGCUUCCUUCAGGCCAAGUGAGCCCCUGAGGACCAACUAAAUGACAGCUGCACUGUUAGGAUUCCUAGGUUCAUUGAGAUGGAAGUCACAGCAUGACUGAGUAGGUGACACUUUCUACCCCCUCCAAAUCAUCAAAACAGCUAUUUUCUUACAAAGUUCAACUCAAAUAUUUACUGAGUACUUGCUGUUGUGUGCUAUUGUAUGCAAAGCAUGAGGUUGAGGACAUAGUGAUCAGGAAGAGGGAAAAGAGCCAAUUUGGGAGAUUUAGGGAAGACUUCCUGGAGGAGAGAGUAUUUGAGUUGGACCUUGAAAAAUACCUAGGCCGUUGGUUCUCAAAAUGUGGUCCCUGAAUCCGUAGUAUCUCUCCCACCAGGAAACUUGUUAGAAAUGCAAAUUUUUGAGCUCUACUCCAGCUUUAUCAAAGCUGAGUGGGAAGCCUAGUAUUCUGGUUUAAGAAGCCAUCCAUGUGAUUCUGAUGCAAAUCACGUUUCUGGGCUGGCACUGGAGAUGAGAGUGUGGACACACACCAGACCAUCCACUGUCACUUCCUCUAUUUAUCCUGCCCUGCAUGCUCUCAACCUGCUUUUUACUGAUUAUUAUCCUUCCUACGGUUCCUUUCUCUGAUGGUUCCUACUCACUACAUUCAGUUCAGAUCCCUAAUCCCACUGUCUUCUCCCACUUAACCACCUAUGUUUCAGGCCCUGACGUGUUUCUCCCAAACUCUCAGCUCCCUCUCCGUCUGUUCUCUGACCCCCUGUCUGUCCGUCUUCGUUAUCCCCAGCAUAUCCGUAGUCCUCAUUUACCGCUCAGCACUCUGCCUGUGCACGAGAUUGCCAGGUGACUCUUCGAUCCACAUCACUGCCUUCUCUCUUCUUAAUCUCUUCCCAAAUAACCCUGCCACUGGCUUCCCCGCUCGCCUCUUAAUUUCUUCCUUAUAUCGUCGGUAUGAUUUGAUGGUGCCAAAUCUCUGGUUUGUGCAUUGUAUGUGACUUUUAUAACACAUUUAGAGCGUUAAUGUGUUCUUUCUCAAACUUAGAUUAGGACACCUUUGUGUUUGG